CCUGCGAACUCAGCCAGCAGGAGGCCUGGAUGAGCUGGAGCUCUCUGCCAGGGGGGUCGGGCUCCCUGCAAACACUUGCAGGCAUCCUUUAUCAUGCCCUUCUGGGAGGGAGUCCUGAGGCUGGGUAAUCGGGAAGUUUUCAAGCCGCCGCCUCUGCCGCAGAAGCCUUGGGAAGACCAGCAGAGAGAGUGGAGUGUGUGGGUGAACCUCCAUUCACAUGGCUGGGUUAAUGGAUUCGUAGUACAAAGACAGCUAAGACUCAGCUGACCUGGAAGACUGGAAUUUCGGCUCCUUCCUUCCCUGGGUUGUUUUCCUCCCCCUUCCUCUCAAAGCCCUUUAAACCAGAGAUUCCCCGGGUCAGUGACUCUAAUCCUGCCCGCCUGGGCCAAGGAUUUCUAGCUUUUGGGCUUGGAAAGGAAACCAACUACCUGAUUAGACAAGCACUUGGGAGUCCCAUUAAUCUUGACGGCGUUGUCAGGGGUGAUCAGCGAGUUUUAUUAAAAGCCCUGGGAUUGCCUGAAAGGCCUCCUUGUCUGAGUCUGAAACGAAAGGGGCAUGUUAAGAUCUUGGGGCACACUGUUGGAACCCCUGGCGCUGCCCCUUGGACUAGGAGCUGACAAAGCCGGAGGAAGCACAGAAGCCCUCCUCUGCUGACGGGAUUUCGCCGGUGGACAGAAACGAGCUGGCCCCUGACAACAUGAGCGAUCGGACGUGGGGUGGGCUGAAGACCCUGCUGCUGCUCCUCCAGCUGGGCUGCGCCAGCCCCACCCUCGUCAGCAUUAACCGUGGCCUCCGGGUGCCGAAGGGCGGGUCGGCCUUCCUGCUGGGAGAUGACCUGAGGUUUGCCAUCCCCAAAGAGAAAGAUGCUUGCAAAGUGGAAGUUGUGAUGAACGAGCCCAUAACCCAGAGGGUUGGGAAACUCACUCCACAGGUCUUUGACUGCCAUUUCCUUCCCAAUGAAGUAAAGUAUAUUCACAAUGGUUGCCCAAUUCUUGAUGAAGACAGAGUGAAGCUUAGACUUUACAGAUUUACUGAAACAGACACCCUCAUGGAAACCUUUAUCCUACGGGUCUAUCUCCUGGAACCAGACUGUAACAUCAUCCAUAUGAGUGACAAUGUGCUAGAGGUGUCUGAAUUCUACGGUCUGUCCCAAGCCAUUGAUAAGAACCUGCUCAGGUUUGAUUAUGAGAGGACAUCAAGCUUGGAAUGUACAGUCAGGCUGGACCCUGUGGGAACUCAGCUGCCAGCCCACGGUCAGAUGGUGCUGGUGGAGCCACGGCCAGAGGAACCUCGUGGAGAUCAGCCACACAGUUUUUUUCCUGAAUCUCAACUGCGAGCAGAACUGAAGUGUCCAAGUGGAAGCUGUACCCUGGGACUGAAGAAAAUAGGAAGUGUCACAGUGAGCUGUGAGGAGUUCCUGCUGAUGGGGCUUCGCUAUCAACAUAUGGAUCCCCCUUCUCCCGACCUUGAUUAUAUCUCCAUCCAGCUAGACCUCACAGAUAGCAGGAGUAAAAUCGUAUACAAGUCAGAGUAUGCAUGGUUGCCUGUGCGUAUCAGAGCAGGCAUUCCUAAUCAGACUCCAAGGGCUGCAUUCAUGGCCAUGUAUAUUCUGGAAGUGGAUCAGUUCAUCCUGACCUCUUUAACAACAGCGGUUCUGGACUGUGAAGAGGAUGAGACCCCCAAACCCUUACUGGUAUUCAACAUUACUAAAGCCCCACGCCAGGGCUAUGUGACGCACCUGUGGGAUCACACCAGACCAGUCUCCUCAUUCACCUGGAGAGACCUAAGUGACAUGCAGAUUGCCUAUCAGCCACCCAACAGCAGCCAUUCUGAGAGGAGACAAUUUGAGGUGGAGGUGGAGGUAUAUGACUUCUUCUUUGAAAGGAGUGCACCUAUUACAGUCCACAUCUCCAUCAGAACAGCAGAUACAAAUGCCCCGCGUGUAUCCUGGAAUACAGGUCUGAAUCUCCUGGAGGGGCAGUCUCGGGCCAUCACUUGGGAACAGUUUCAGAUUGUUGACAAUGAUGAUAUUAAUGCUGUCCAGCUAGUCACUGUGGGUGGCCUGCAGCAUGGACGGCUUACACUUAGAGGGGGGAAAGGAUUUCUCUUCACUGUGGCUGACCUUCAGGAUGGAGCUGUUCGCUAUCAUCACGACGACAGUGACUCCACCAAAGACUUUGUAGCCUUCAGAAUAUUCGAUGGGCACCACAGCAUCCAUAAGUUUCCCAUCAACAUCUUGCCCAAAGAUGACAGUCCCCCAUUCCUCAUAACUAAUGUUGUGAUUGAGGUGGAGGAGGGGCAGACCCUCCUGAUCCAGGGCUCGAUGCUGAGAGCUUCAGACAUGGACUCUGGGGACGACUACAUCUUCUUUAACAUCACGAAACCCCCUCAGGCUGGUGAGAUCUUGAAGAAACCAGGGCCAGGACUGAUAGGCUAUCCUGUCCCUGGCUUCUUUCAGAAGGAUCUGUUUAAUGGCAUCAUUUACUAUCGUCACUUUGGUGGAGAAAUCUUUGAAGAUUCUUUUGAAUUUGUCCUGUGGGACAGCCAUGAACCUCCUAAUCUCUCAGUGCCACAGGUGGUGACAAUCCACAUCACUUCAGUGGAUGACCAGCUUCCAAAAGAGGCUCCUGGAGUUUCUCGCCACUUGGUUGUCAAGGAAACUGAGGUGGCUCACAUAACUAAGAAACAUCUACAUUUUAUGGAUAUGGAAUCAUAUGACAGGGAGCUGCUCUACACAAUAACGGUGCCUCCGUUUUUUUCCUCCAGUCAUAGACACUUGGAUGCUGGGAAAUUAUUCAUGGUGGACAGCAUACCAAAGCUAACCAAAAAUCCUGCAGCCCCGGGAUUGCGGUCAUUCACACAGGAUGCUGUGAACUAUAUGAAAGUGGCCUACAUGCCACCCAUGCAGGAUAUAGGCCCCCAUAAGCGACAUGUACAGUUUACAUUUUCCGUCAGAAACCAGCAUGGUGGCACUUUGCACGGGAUCUGCUUUAACAUCACAAUCUUUCCAGUGGACAAUCAAGUUCCUGAGGUACUUACCAACCCCCUGAGAGUGGCUGAGGGAGGCCAAUGCAUCAUCAGCACAAAGCAUAUUCUGGUUUCUGAUGUUGAUACUGAACUAGACAAUAUCAACCUCUCCGUGCAGAGACUGCCUCAGCAUGGACGGGUGGAGCUGAAUGGAUUUCCUCUAAAUGCAGGGUGCACAUUUUCCUGGGGAGAGCUCCAUGCCUUAAAAGUUAGGUAUCAACAUGAUGGAUCCGAGGUACUUCAGGAUGACAUGCUCUUGGAGGUCACAGAUGGCACAAAUUCAGCAGCAUUUACUCUACAUGUUGAGGUAUUCCCUGUAAAUGAUGAGCCACCAGUCCUGAAGGCUGGCCUCAUCCCCAUGAUGCACUGCUCAGAGGGCGGAGAGGUGGUUGUCACCUCUGAAUAUCUUUUUGCUACUGAUGGGGACAGUGAGGACGCGACACUGCUGUUUGUGAUUGCGCGAGGACCUCGGCACGGCGCAAUAAAGAGAGCUGGCAUCACAGUGCCUCAGUUCUCUCAGGGAGAUGUGCUCUCAGGGGCUGUGACAUACAAACACACAGGUGGUGAGAUUGGCCUGGUGCCUUGUUUUGACACCAUUACAUUGGUGGUUUCGGAUGGAGAAGUUGGCCCUCCUGUGAAUGGCUGUUGCUACAGUGGACCUCAUCCAUCUGUUCCUCUUCAUGAGUCCUUUCCAGUAUAUGAUCUCAACAUCACAGUACAUCCAGUAGACAACCAAUUACCUUCAAUCGUGAUAGGUACCAUGUUCGUUGUAGAUGAGGGUUUCUCAGCAGCCCUUACCAUUAACCAUUUAUCAGCCACUGAUCCUGACACUGCGUCUGAUGACUUGGAAUUUAUUUUGGUUUCUUCUCCCCAGUUUGGCUACCUUGAAAACACACUCCCUUCUGCAGGUUUUGAAAAGAGCAAUAUGGGAAUAAGCAUAGCUUCGUUUCAGUGGAAAGACAUGAAGGCUUUACACAUUAACUAUGUGCAGUCCAGGCAUCUGAGGAUGGAACCAACAGCUGACCAGUUCACGGUGUAUGUCACAGAUGGGAAGCAACGCUCCUUGGAGAUACCAUUUUACAUUAUAAUCAACCCUACAAAUGAUGAAGCUCCUGACUUUGUAGUGCAGAAUAUUACUGUAUGUGAGGGCCAGAGGAAAGAACUGGAUUCUUCCGUCAUCAGUGCUGUUGACCUGGAUGUCCCCAAGGACCCUCUGCUACUCAGCAUCGCUCACAAACCACGCCAUGGUAUCCUCAUCAAUGGGGUAUUUAGCAAAGGCUUUCCUCAGUAUAAGCAGCCAGCCAGCCUUGGCCAGAAGCAUGAACUUGUUCACAACUUUUCCAUGGACCUUCUCAAGAAUGGAAUGAGUUUGACAUAUGCGCAUGAUGGCACAGAGAGCCUUGUUGAUGACUUUAAAAUCCAGUUGUCAGAUGGGAAACAUAAGAUACUUAAAACCAUUUCAGUAGAGGUCACCCCAGUUAAUGAUGAGAAGCCCACGCUGAGCAAGGCGGCUGAAAUUACAGUGAAUAUGGGUGAGACUCGUAUUAUUUCUAGUGCUGUUCUUUCAGCCAUAGAUGAAGACUCACCCAGGGAGAAGAUUCACUAUUUAUUUGAAAAGCUUCCUCAAAAUGGGCAACUUCAGCUUAAGAUAGGGAGGGACUGGGUCCCUCUCUACCCUGGCAUGAAAUGCACUCAGGAGGAAGUGGAUCUGAACUUGCUGAGAUACACACAUACUGGGGCAGUGGACUCCCAGGACCAAGACAGCUUCGCCUUCUACCUCUGGGACGGUGACAACAAGUCACCAGUAUUUGACUGUCACAUCACCAUCAAGGAUACGGGAAAAGGUGAUAUUGUUAUCUUUACAAAACCCCUUGUGGUGCCGAAAGGUGGCAGAGGCUUCUUGACGACCACCACUCUCCUUGCUAUGGAUGGAACAGACAAGCCUGAGGAGCUGCUCUAUGUCAUCACCUCCCCACCGCGACACGGCCAGGUUGAAUAUGUCCGCUAUCCUGGAGUCCCCAUUACAAGCUUCAGCCAGAUGGACAUAGCAGGACAGACAGUGUGCUAUGUACAUAAAAGCAAGGCACCUGUCCCCAGGGACACAUUCAGAUUUAUCAUCAGCAACGGACUGCAGACCAAGCCCGGGGUGUUCGAGAUCACACUGGAGACUGGAGACAGGGCCUUACCCACGGUGACCAGGAACAAGGGUUUGAGGCUGGCAGAAGGGGCCACGGGCCUGCUCACCGCUGACCUCCUUCAGCUGACGGACCCCGACACUCCGGUGGAGAAGCUCACCUUCCUUUUGGCCCAGUUCCCACAGCAUGGCCAGCUCUAUGUGCGCGGGACCAUGCUGCUUCAGCAUGGCUUCACCCAGCAGGAUGUGGACAGCAGGAACGUGGCCUACAGGCACUUGGGAGGGGACUCGCAGCUGGACCGCUUCACUUUUGUGGCCACAGAUAGAACAAACCAAGGCUUUGUUAUGGAUGGGAGAGUGUGGCAAGAACCUGUUUCAUUUACCAUCAAGGUGGACCAGCUGGACAAAACAGCCCCUCACAUCACAUAUUUGCAUUCCCCUUCUCAAGUGGGGCUCCUGAAAAAUGGCUGUUAUGGGAUUUACAUCACUUCCCGCAUGUUGAAGGCUUCGGACCCUGACACCAAUGAUGAUCAGAUCAUCUUUAAGAUUUUACAAGGCCCCCAACAUGGACAUCUGGAGAACACAACAACAGGUGAAUUUAUCCGUGAGAAAUUUAUCCAAAAGGAUUUAAACAGUAAGACCAUUGUUUACAUCAUAAACCCAUCUUUGGAAGUUAAUUCAGACGUCAUAGAGUUUCAAAUCAUGGACCCCACAGGGAACUCUGCCACUCCUCAAAUUCUGGAACUGAAGUGGUCUCAUGUUGAAUGGUCACAGACUGAGUAUCAGGUCUGUGAGGAUGUGGGCGUGUUGCCCUUGGAAAUUACCAGAAGGGGAUAUUCCAUGGACUCGGCUUUUGUGAGUGUAAAGGUUAACCAAGUGUCAGCUACAGUUGGAAAAGAUUUCACCCUGACUCCAUCUAAACUAAUUCAGUUCGAUCCAGGAAUGUCAACUAAGAUGUGGAAUAUAGCAAUUACCUAUGACGGAUUAGAGGAAGAUGAUGAGGUCUUUGAAGUAAUUCUGAACUCCCCUGUGAAUGCUGUUCUUGGCACUAAGACAAAAGCUGCGGUGAAAAUUUUGGACUCAAAAGGAGGACAGUGCCAUCCUUCAUAUGCCUUCAACACAGACCAGCACAGUGCAGGGGGGAAGGGCAUUUGGCACCCACUGUCCCCAGGGUCUUCCUCACCUACCACUUCUGGUUCCUCUCCUCUGGAAAGGAGACUCCUUCCAUCUUCCAAGCAACUAGCAGUCAUCAGAGGGCACAGCCUGCGGAGCUUUAAUCCUACAGAUCUUUCACCAGUGAAGCUUCAGACCCAAGGGAAUGGCAAAAUGGUUUAUCCAUCCUCUGUUUAUAGAAAUGGAACAGACAUCAUCUAUAAUUAUCAUGGCAUGAUUUCCCUGAAACUGGAGGAUGACAGUUCCCCAGCUCAUAAGAAGAAGGCCCAAGUGCCCAUCAUUAGUCAGCCACUUAAGACAAGCAAAGUGGCAGAAUUGCCUCAAGCAGAUAAGGUGGAAUCCACAAUGGACUCACACUUCCCCAGACAGGAUCGGUUGCCCUCAUUCCCAAGGGACUGCACACUGGAAUUAAAGGGACUCUUCCACUUUGAAGAAAGCCUCCAAAAGCUAUAUAAAUGCAAUGGAAGGGCCUGGAAAGCUUGGAGCCCCAAAACCCUGGGGGGACACAGACCAAGCAGCCGACAUCCUUUGCUUGCAGAGGUGGAAGGCAAACCCUGCCCAGCUGGGUGGCACCGUCACUCAGGCUACUGCCACUCCUUGGUCACAGAGCAGAAAGGCACCUGGAGCACAGCUGCCGAAGCUUGCAGGGAACAUCACCAGGGCAGCCUUGUAACGGUGCUCUCCAGGCAGCAUAUGCGAUGGCUCUGGGAUAUCAGUGGAAGAAAGCCCUUUUGGAUAGGUUUGAAUGAUCAAGUACGUGCUGGUCACUGGGAGUGGAUCGGCGGUGAGCCUGUCAACUUCACCAACUGGAAGAGAGGGCCCCCUCGACAUUCAAAGCCUGGCAAGAACUGUGUUUUGGUUCAAAGACAAGGGAAAUGGCAAACACAGAACUGUAGGAAGGGCAAAGCUCACAAUUAUGUGUGCUCCAGGAAACUCUAAAUGUAACUGGCCUUAAUUGGCCUUACAGGUUGUACACUUGGGAUUUCUCAUCUAUUUAUUUACAGAAUUCGUGACUAUUGCUCAAUAGAAAACAAGAUAUCAUGACUGACUUGGUACAUUUUUUUAAAUCAUAGUGUUUGAGUGAUUCUACCCAGUAAAAAAGGAUCAUAGAUGAAUAGUUCCAGGAAGAUUGAUAAAUGAGUGUUUCCUACAGGAAUAAAUGCCUGAAGUAUUAUAUGGUGCAAGAUUUGCUAAUUCCAGAACCCCCAUCCCAACCCCAUUCUAUCUUGGUCAGUGCUAGUUCCACAGUUCUUGGGUAUUUGUGUCCCUAUACCUCAAAUGAGCCCAUUCCAAAGUCUGUAUUGCAGGUGUUUCUGCUGCUUCAGUCUGAGUGAAGCUAACCCUACCAGUUCAUUAGAUCAAGUUUGAACUGCAAAAGGUUGCUUUGUCCCUCUGGAGCCCUUUCAAAUGUGAAGCCUGAGAUAGAAAACGUGGAUACAAAGGAGAUUUCUCUGUGUGUGGAAAAGGAAGCUUUCAAUGCAAGAAUCUUGCAGAUGGAGGUUCAUCUGCAAAACUAUCUAGUUCAGGCAAGAAUUCAGGAGCUCCUUGUACUUCAGAGAUCUACCCAUCACUACUCAUGAGACAUUUUCCAGUAUGAAUGUUGGCAUUGUUCCAUUCCAAAGCUAAUGAUUAGAUUUCCCCGGCCUUACAGAGUCAUGAGAAAUUUGAAGUAACCCAAGACUCUGUCUUCAUUCGUGUUUAUAGCACUGACUGGCACUCCUCAAGGACAUUUGGGACAGAGAAUAUAAAUGAAUGAUGGUUGACACAGGGAGGAAAAAUACUGCUUCCUCAGAGGUGUCCCAGUGAACUACUCUGAUGAACAAGGAAUAGUAAAACUGAGCACAGAGCCCUUCGAAGCCUAUAUUCUCAGAAAGGAUUCUGAUACAGUUUUGAGGCCUUAAAUCUUCAAUAUUUGUAGAAAUGCCGGGUGAACUUGAAUCUGCAGUCUAAAGGUAACUUACUAAUUUAAUGUCAGCUGAGUAAAACAUUUUUGUAGCAGUGAAGCAUGUUGCAACCUUACAAGAACUCCCUCCUGAAAUCAAAGUUUAAUUACAGGAAAUUAGAAAUUUAUUUCUGAAACAUUUACUCAAACUUUUCCUCUUUCAUACUCCCUGAAAAAUAUGGUUGUGCCAAAUGUAACUUGCUAUAUGAGCACUAGUGUAACUUUAGAAUCAAAAUGGAAUAUCCAAGUAGACUAGAACUAAGGCACAGGUUUUAUUAUAAUAAUACCUUGAAUGAAAAAAUUUGAUCCAGUUUCUGGAUAUAAAAUGUGACAAGCUUAUUUCUGAUUAUUUUUCAAGAUUUUUAUUAAUGGAAAUAUUUACAAAGAGAGGCUGGGAUAAGAUUUAGACAUUCUAUUUAGACAUUCUACCACUUACAUUUAAGCAUCACUGUAGAACCAGGAGGCUCCAUACCUUUGAUAUCACAAGUAGGCUCUGGACUGGUAGAAUAUACAAGUCUUCUGUAUGAAUGACAAGCACUCUGUGGUGUUUAACCAUAAGAUGCAACACCCAUCCUUCGUGCCGGCUCCAAUCCCUUCUGAUCGGCUGGCCUUUGCAGUGUGGGAAGGUGGGAUGCCAGAUAAGGCAAUGAAUAGUUGUUUACCUAAAGGGUUACAUCAUAGAAGGGAAAGAGAAAGUUCAAGGAAUGAAGAAUUCAAGGUCCAGUCCUUCCUACUAGAACUUUAGAACUAUAUUAACUUUUUAGAACUGGAAAUCCAGAACCAUGACAACUGUGUAGAACCUGGUCAGCAUGGUAGAUUUUAUUGUACAUUUCUGCAAUGGCAAUGAUAUUUAAGUGUAAUUGUGAAUGUUAGCAUAAAGAGAGAAUAUUUUGAUUUUUAUAGCAGCUAGAAAAAUGAGAAUACUUAAAAAAUAUGCCUAAUCAUGAAAUGAAAUGAAAUCCUAGGAACUGAAAGAAGUUACAAAUUAAAAUUCAGGCAAGGUUAGGGUCAUCAUGGGCCACGUUCAUCAUGACCUCAUUUCUUUCUCCUGAUUGGACUUUGACUCAGGAUGGGAAGCAGUAAAUGAUUGUUGUGGUUCUCUCCACCUUGAUUGAUUACUGUCACCCUUCAGGUUCUGGUGAGAGUAGGAUGGAAGGAAAUGGAGUAGUGGUAGAAUGGGAAUGGGAGAUUAUAGGAGAGGCAAGGGGAGAGAGGAGAGAAGGGUUGAGUAGGAAGAGAUGGGGACUGAUGGUCCCUGAGAAGGAGAGCAUCAGAAAGAAGGUCCUGAAUGCCACCCAGCUCUUCUCCCAGACUUGACUACCGCUCACAAAUGUUCAGUCCAGGGCAUUAACCCAGCUGAAUAGUAUGUAGCUUUUCAGAACUUUCUGGUUUUUGUUCUUUAACAAAAACAUACAUAUAUACAGCAUACAUUUGCUAAACAUAAACUUGAAAAAUAUACAAUAAUUAUUUCAUCUCCUCCCAGUGAAUGGUAAAAAUGAACCUGGUGACAUUUAUUUACAUUUCUGUUUUUAUAUGUUUCUAAUAUAGCCAUAAAGAAUAUGCACAAAUUUUCAUUAACACUACAGUUCUGUGUAAUUUAAACCAUAAACUGGUACUGAUAAUUUCUGCAACAAAGAAUCACAUUAAAUGUACUAUAUCUAACAUUGUUUCAAAAUUAACAAAAUGUAUUUCUAGUUCUGAACCACUGUUCCUUUAGUUUUUAACAUUUUACAUUUAUUUGGCCCAUUGUAAGAAGGAAUAAAAAAGAAAACUCAACAUGUCCCUUUUACACUUACUGUUUAGAUUAGCCUUUAGUUACAUAGCUUCCGUCCAUCCACCCAGCUGCCCAUCCAUCCAGCCACCAUUCAUUUAACAUAUUGAAUAUGGAAUGCCAACCCUGUGUCUGACAUUGUUCUAGAUACUGAAGAUAUUGUCCUGAAUGAUAGGGAAACAAAAGUAUAAAAGUGUAGGGCCUAUAUUAAAAUUUCUAAGAGUUCUUUUUUUUUAAGUAUGAAGAUUUUUAUUAGGGAGGAAGUCAGUGGAAAUCAUUGAUUACAUUAUCUCUUUUCAUAAUUGGAGGGGAAACAUAAUGAUACAAACAGCUCAGGCUGUCUUUUGUUAUAGUUCUUUCUCGAUUAAGAAACUGGUGUUAACUUUCUGAGUUUAUAAUCAGGUCAAAGUGUUCUUGAUAGCAGCUGUCCCAAAUUUCCUGUCUCCAGAUCAAGUUAGGAACUAAAGUUUUCAAAUAUAGCUAAUUGAGAUUCUAAUAAUUUUUUUUUUCCAAAAGGACAAGCAGUGUGUGUCUCUAUGUCAUUGAGCUCUUGGAGUAACAGGAAUAAAAAAGAGACCUUUGAUAUCAUCUCAUCUAAAUUCCUUAUUGUACAGCAGAUGGGACUGAAGUCCUGAGAUGUGAAAGUGGGAAGAAAUGAUCAUUAGAACUAGGGUCUUCCAAAGUGCAGGAUGAAUCUCUUCUGAUUAUUCCAUUUAUCUGUUGCCACUCUGAGCAAAUGGUUCUACUAUAUUCAAGUAAAAUCUUUGAAUGAUGAAUGAUAAAAUUCACCAUAUACUUGAAAACAUUAUUGUAAGUGAUAAAAAGAUAGACACAUAAGGCCAUGUAUUGAAUGAUUCCAUUUAUAUGAAAUGUCUAGAAUAGACGAAUCUAUAAAGACAGAAAGAAGAUUAAUUUAGUUGUUGCCAGGGGUUGGGAGGAAGGGGAAAUUGGGAGUAACUGCUGAUAAGUAUA